AUGCCAUUCGCAUUGCUGCCGUCGCUGUUGCAGGCCUACAAACGCCAUGUUGCUGGCAACAUGUUGUGUACGCAAUUUGUAGCAACAGUGUUGCUGUGCUGCAGCAUAUGGCACAGCAAUGCUAUACCACUAACCACAGCGCGCACGCACAAAGCGUCAAUCGCAACAGCAACAACAACAACAACAGCAAUAUUAACGAAACAUGGCACGCACAUCGUCCUUCCCAGCGAUGAGACCGUCGCAUCAACAAUUGCCGCCACAGCCGCUUUGGCAACGAUACAUAACGGCGAGGUAAUUGGUGCCACAUCGUUGGCAGCAGCAGCCGGUGCAGCUGCCGCUAUGGUAAAUGCAGAGGCUGAUGCGCACAUCGUUCCGACUGCUAGCAGCAAUGGCGUCAACUCAAGUGCUGGCCGUCCAAUUGUUGCGGCAGCUGCUGUUGAAAGUGGCAAUACAAUGCACAUUCCGAUCCAACAUGGCGAUGAAUUGCUCAGCAGCAGUGCCAAUUUGCUGCUGGAGCCAACUGGCAAUAUUGUCAAUUUGACGCGGCAACAUGAUGGGGAUAUAUUUCGUACGACUGGCGUGCACACCUGCAAUACGGACGCUUGUGUGGGAUUGUCAAGUGGAACGGCAGGAGUUGAUAUCCUAACCGGCAUUGCUGAUAAAGGCGGCAAUACUGCCACUGCGCAUUCUACAUUCACCGAUAUCGAUCUGUUGGGUAGACGUCCCAAGUUUCCCAAAUCCGGAGAUCGCUCCGCAGGUCGGGAUGCGAGUGAGAGUUGUCAGUGUCGCUGUUUGCCCUAUUUGAGCACCUACCGCGAGGAUUUGGGAAUUUGCGUCGAUGAUAUACAUGAAUGCUCUCUUUCGCCAUUUGUGAGUGGUUCAUCAUCCGAGAAAAUCCCGUUUGUAUUUCUGCCACUGCGCGGCCAAAUCAUUUACCCCAGCAGAGAAAUCAGUUUUCCAGAAAUUCGCACCCCCGUAUGCGCUGUCACUGGCGCCCAAUAUCUUACCAUUAACGGCUGGUCGGAUUUAAGAAAUCCAAUCGAUACGGAUUAUCCAUUUCGGAUGUUUCGCGAUGAAGGACGUACUUUCUUGCAGUGGUUGGGCGAACCAGAUCUGCGCCACAAAAUGCAAGGCCGCCUCAUUGUCGUGCACCUGGUUUGUCGUGACAUGACGAUUGCCUUAAACGCGACCAUCAAAGACCACAUCAUGCCGCCGAAAAAUGUCUUCUCGCCCUGUGUCGCAUUUCGUGUCAAUGGCACACCAGUGAAAUACACCAACAAUGUCUCAGAGGUACUUUUUCAGUCGGAGGCCACAUCAACGCUGGCCUCAACUUCGGACGGCAUGUCCACCAAGGAGUACAUAGUCAUAGGCGUCUGCAGCCUGUUACUGGGCCUGAUUUAUGUAGCUUCGGUGUUUCUGUACUUGCACAUGAAGAAACGCAAAAGUCGCGAUCAAUCACCGCACAUGCGCAACUCACUCGACGACAUGGCUAAUGAAAUUAAUUACCCGAAGAACGAUCAGGUGACUUUCGGCGCACCAUUCAAUCGCAGCGGCAGCAUCUAUUCAGCCACCAGCAUGGGCACCUCGAAUGAGCCGCGUUCACGCACCAGCAUCGGCAGUCUGAAGGAGGAGAUGGGCAUUAUCAAGAACAAUCCGCUCUUGCAGCAUUUUCCACAAUUAGGUGAACACAAUUCGGGUUUCGCUAGCGAUAUUUCAAAUUCGAAUUCCGAAUGCGAAAUGGAUGGCAACUUCCAUGAUAAACUUACACAGAUGCAGACAUCGGCGCUGGUGCAUCCGCAAUUGGGGAUGGGCAAGGCGCACAGCUCGCCGCACGAUUCGCCGAAGAGCGCGAACGGUCAGUCGACUGCUGAGCAAUCGAACGAUCAGUCAUCGUCGUCAUCGUCUACGCAGGAGACGGAAUGUUUGCCGGUGGAGAAUGUUUCGAUAGUGGAGGAUAUGAUGACCGAAGAGAAAUUAGAGCAUUUGAGGCAGAUGGUGAAUGGCAAUGUGCGCAAGAAACUAUACUUUAACCCCGCCUACUUCGAGCCGCAUUUGUUGGCGCAACCACCCCCAGCCGCUCUUGAGUUUUUGCAUAAAAUACGCGAAGUCAUCGCCAUAGCGAAGUAUAAAAUGGCCACCAAACGCUAUCAGCCUUCACUUAUUAUGAUACCUGAGGAAGGCACGAUGCGCUCAGAUACGCCCUCUAUUUACAGCUCGCACAGACAGCAAUCGCCUUCCGAAUGUCAAGGCUGUGCCAAUAACCGUUGCAGCGGGCACGUGAAAAAUUGUGGCGAUAAGCGCAACAGCAUUGAGAAAUGGCUACAAACAGUUACCAGCAAUGAAGAGAGUGGCGGCAAUAAUGAGUCACAAAAUGCCGGCGGCACCAGCGAGCAAUCGAGUAAGUUACAGCAACAUCAGCAUAGCGGAAACACUCGUCGGCCGUCGCCGAAGAUUGCGUCACCGUCGCACGGAGGUCGUGCACAUAAUCGCAGCGGCCAACGCAGUCCCCUACCUAAGGAGGUGGCGCCGCCAAAACAGCGUCCUCCACCACCCCCUACAUCCAGUGGCAAUUCCAAUGAUGGCAGAGCUAAAGGUGCGCGCAUGGCUAAUGAGUCAUCCUUGAACGCCAUUGAAGUUACGCCCAGUACUUCUUCGGUUUCAUAUCAGCUUUAUUGCACCAGCCUUGCAACCGGUCCGUCUGUCACCAUACCUGUUAAUCGCAACUACAGUAAGUCAUUCUCUGCGCUUUCGGCUGCAGCCAGUUUGUAUGGUUUCGCAGAGACAGGCAGCGAGAUUUACAAUAAUCCCAAAUUUAUGCUACAUGACUCGCCUUCGCCCUCUCCACGCAGUCGCAACUCUUCCUCGCACCGUUCAAAGUCUUCUUCGGCGCGUAAGCGGAGCGAAAUUGUGGAUCUAUAUGAUCCCUCAGCGCACAGUUCCGUUGAAUGUCGGCAGUACGAUUUGCUGCGAAAUGUAAAACAGUUGCCCGAAACUAUGUGCGAUGCGCUCAAUCGCGAGUAUAAUGCAGCUUUUAAUGCCACUACCGGUUUUCAUUUGGAUAUACCAACACCGGACUAUGAUAGCACAAUCGAGAAAAAAAUCAAAGACAUCUACAAUAACACGCAAAGCAGCGGACCUUCUGUGCCAACACCCGAUUACAGCACUUUAAGUCGUAAGUCGCUCAAGCAAUUUCAGCCCGACUCGCCCAUUUAUAGACGAAAGUCGCCACAAUACCUCAUUGUCGAUUACGAAACGGAUAGCCUCGAGCGAUUGGAGGCAACUAAGCGCAAAAGCUCACAAUCCUCUUCAUCACCAUCCUCGGAUGUCAGCUCCCAGCUCAGUCCCAGCCUGAGCACCGCGCUGCCACUUGAAGAAGAGCUGGAAAUUAGCCACACAGUCUACGACAAGUCGAGUGGGUUUCGUCCAGAGGCUGAUAUAAAGAAGAAACCGCUCAACAAGUCGGACAGUAACAGCAGCAAGCAAAAAGAAAUAGCGGCGCGCAUCAAAUACGACACUCCGUUUCGUGGUAGCAUGACAAUCGAGGUGGAGCACGAACCACAGUCUGACAUCGAACGCUCUACAGAUAGCGAUCAGUUCGAACCCGAUACAUUAGAUCGCAAGCCGAAGAAGCAAAGCUUCUGCGAUGUAAAUGCUUGGCCGGCACAGCCUUUAAAAAAAGUGCAAAAUGGCGAACAGCUAAAUAACCACGCGUUAUCCACGGGAUUAGACGGGCACGAACAGCAUCAAGGCUCCCUCUCACAACUGAGCAUAACUCAGUCAUCGUUUAUGUUGUGCACGAAUAAUUCCACACGCAGUCAUGCCAGUGAGCAUACGCCGACUUACGAGAGUCAUGUGGAAUUGCGUGGCGCCGAAAAAGUGAAGGAUAUGGAUGCAGAGCGCCGGCCCAGCAUCAGCAGUUUGCGCAAGAUUUACCAGUCGCCGUUGGUAAGACAAAAUAGUCAAUCGAGCUGCAAAUGUGGCGGACAGUAUGCCAGCGCACAGGAACUGGAACUAAGUAGUGAACAUGGACGUUUGCUAACGCUUGAGGCUAAACAAAAGCGGCGGCAGCAGACCGUUGAACAACCAGUACCACCACCGCCUGCCGUUGAGAUCUCAAAUGAUGUACCUAAUAAGACGACUAUAAAAAUUAGUACACCGAAAGGACGACGCUUGGCGGAGGCCGCAGUGGUUAGUCCGCAAGUGCACAAUGCGCGUCGUUCACCUUCGCCGCCGCCACCGCCACUUAAGAAUCGUGCGGUUUCACCCAAUACUUUCUACGAGCUGACAAAAAACGUAAAGGCUCCGCCUUCACCAACGCACACACCAAGCCAAACGCACUCGCCCACACCCAACAGCACACUGAACAGUACAAUUACCAACAAGACGAGCUCUUCAUGUAUAGGACAGAAGAAACGUAUCAGUCGUUCACCACCACCACAACCACCACCUCCACCUCCCAGUUCCGCCUCCACCACGUUAACAAGUCAGCGGAGUCACGCCUCCACGCAGCACUCGCAACACGGCCACCAUUAUCAGAACCACAAUCAGCAUCACUACGUACAUCACUCCACCACCAGCACUAACGCUACGGAAGAGGAAACGGCGAGCAACCACAGCGAAUCCACCGAGAUCACGGGCGUAUCCGAUAAUCUGGCUAAUUCAGAAUUCGGCGGUUCAUGCAACAACACGCUCUCCAGCGUGGCACAUGAUGCACAAAGAGACAAACUAGAUCCAGCCGAAUCGCAGGAUCACUUAAGCAGCCGACGUAGUAGUGUCAGCAACAGCAACAGCAACACCAAUAAAAGUAGCAACAAAUUCACUAGUGCCAAGCAAAUAGACUCCCCACCACCCAAGCUAAAGUCACAACGCAUCGAAAAUGAUUACGGCGCAAUGUUCAAUACACAAAUCAAUGGCUUGCGUAGUGACUACAGCCUUACAAAAUACUUGAACCGUCGAAAGACGCAUGACUCCACCGAAGAGGAGCAAAACAACUGCAACGACAUCGACUCACAGCUGGAGGCGAACAAUAAUAUCAGCAAUGUCAAGAAUAACGAGGUAGAUAGCAGUAAGUCUGAUAAGCUUUCGAUCGGCUCGCGCUCGAACCGUAGCAGUAGUCGGCUCUCCGAUCGCACCAAGGAGUUGUAUCGGAAUGCUGGCGUCCCCGUGGGUAUAGCGUAUCCACAGCGCAGCACCGCAUCAAAUAACAAUAGCGCGAAUUCCACACCACCGCCGCCGCCAACGCCAACCAAUGCCGUUCAAACCGUCUACCACUGCGAAAUCGAGCCCGCACAGUUGACACAUGGCAUGCAAAUAGCGAUGGGCUUGAAAGAUCGCGCAAAGAAGGCGAAAGAUCUCAAGAAUGCAUGGAAAAAAUUCGUCAGUAUGGCUGCGUCUAAAUUCAGUCCCACACAUAGUCCGGCGCCACCUUACGACAAGAAGCCGCCUAGCUUUUUGGAAGUGCUCGAUCGCGACGAGGGCAUCUCCUCUCUCAUCGACGAACACCCACGCGUUUCGACACCCAAGAGUAGCUACUCGGCACCUGCCUCGCAAAACUACUACGAACAACGUUUCGGACCACGCCUACAAGAAAUGGAUAGUGGCUAUAUGAGCGCCGACUCAGCCGAAGUGUACAAGCGUAGCUUUUACGAUCGCUACAAUUUCAAAAAAAUGUCCGGUCGCGAUCGCAUCAUACGCAUAGACACAAUCGAAGACAAUUCAGAUGGUGGCAGCACGCUAACUGACCGCCAUAACGGUAUUGCGGCAUCAGCACGACGUGGCAGCAUCUUGGAUAGCAAUCGUUUUGAGGACUUCGAACAUAUGGGCGAACCACCCGAAAAUGAGCUAGCCGCAAUGCGACGCAAAGCGGUGCACGAACCGCUGGAGGCGGACACCAGCGAUGCGGAGUCCGAUAAGACGCUGACGCAGUCGAGUGGUGGGCGUGGCGCAACACGAAAUCUGGAUGCUUUGAAUGUAUACUCGUCGGAGGAGGAGGAGGAACAGCAAGAACGCGGACAGAGUCCAUCGUAUGGCUCUUCGGAGACAGAUGGCGAAACAAAUGCGGAAGAUAUGUGGGAGUCGGGUGCGGAGAGCAUUGAAACGCACUCGGUGCUGUACAAAAAUGUGCGAAAAAGUUGA